CAUUGAACGUAGUGCUUAAAUUAUCUUUGAACCCAUUUUCAAAAUUAUUGAGACAUUCCUACAUUUUUGUGUUGUAAUAAUUAAUCACAAAUUCUGUAUUAUUUGAUAUAAUGAAGAUGGAAGGCGAAACAAGAUUAAUGAAAAAUUUUACUGAAUGGAGAUUUAGCCAAUAUCCUAAAUAUAUUUUGUUGCCAAUUGAUGAGAACUGUGAUCAAGUUAUACGACCUAACAUUACUGAUAUUGUCUAUUCGGAGGUAACCCCACAGCCGUUGGAGCAUAACUUACGUUUAGUAUGUUAUUCCGAAGACGCACUAGUCAACAUACUGGAUUUGGACACAGAAAUCUGUAAUCGACUGGAAUUUGUCGAAUUUAUAGCUGGAAAGAAGUUACCAUACGGUGCCUUACCUGUCGCUCAUAGAUAUGGUGGACACCAGUACGGAGUCUGGGUUGGCCAACUAGGUGAUGGCAGAGCUCACAUACUGGGCGAAUAUGUCAACAGGUUGGGACAGCGAUGGCAAAUCCAGUUGAAGGGAUCUGGUCUUACACCUUACUCUCGCGUAUACGACGGAAGGGCAACCCUGAGAGCUUGUAUCCGGGAGAUGAUAGCUUCAGAAUCAUGCUAUCAUCUUGGUAUACCCACCACCAGAGCUGCAGCCUUAGUAGCAAGCGAUGAUCUAAUAAAUCGGGAUAUCCACUACAAUGGCCAUCCACGUCGAGAGAAGGCAUCCAUAUUGCUGAGACUGUCGCCGUCGUGGUUCCGAUACGGUUCACUUGAAGUACUGUCGAAGAGCGACGAGUUACCAGUUCUGAAACAAUUAGUCGAUUUUAUUAUCAAGGAAUAUUAUCCGGAUAUUCCACUUCAGGACGAGAAUAGAUUUAUCAGAUUCUUCUCCGACGUUGCCCACAAGUCUCUGGAUCUUGUUGCUCAAUGGCAAGGAUUAGGUUUUACACAUGGUCUAUUAAAUACGGACAAUAUGAGCCUCCUGGGUCUGACUAUUGACUUCGGACCUUUUGGUUUUGUUGACUCCUACGACGGUGGGUUUAUAGCCAACUCGUCUGACGGUGAAGGAAGAUACGCUUUAGACAAACAGCCUGAUGUGAUCGUUUGGAACAUCGGUCAGCUCGCAAACUCCCUCAAGCCGCUCGUGUCUCCAUCGCAGCAAGUUCACAUGUCGCAUAUUUUGAAAACAUUGGACACGUAUUGCAAGAACAAAAUACUAAAGACAUUUCUUAUGAAAAUCGGCUUACGGGAAGAACUAUGGGGUGACGAGCAGUUAGUGGAAAAGCUCUUGGAUAUGAUGCAGCAGACUGGGGCUGACUUCACGGCAACAUUCAGGCAGCUUGCUGAACUGGAACCAAAUGAGAUGGUUGAUCAACUAAAGAUGGAAAAGAAAUGGUCACUGAAACGGUUGUCUACGCACGCGUCUUGGGGAUGCUGGCUGGAUCAGUACCGAGAAAGGCUAAACAAGGAACCUGUUGAUGCCGUCUCUCAGGGGUUAUUUGAAGACGAGCGUCGGAGACGUAUGUUAAGUGUGAAUCCUGUGUAUAUACCUAGAAAUUGGCUUCUGCAUGAAGCUAUACUUGACGCAGAAAGAGAUGACUUUGAAAAGGUACAUUUUAUAAUGCAAGUCAUGAAAAAUCCGUACGAAGUGCAACCGGAGGCUGAACGACGUGGAUUUUCAGCGCAACCGCCGCAGUGGGCAUACGCUUUGAAAAUAAGCUGUUCCAGCUAACUUCUAAAAUUGAGUACGAAAGUCUGGGCUACUGCGUUCUCUACUGUGGAUCAUCUGCAAUACGACGCAAUACAAUAAAAAGUUACGUAAAAAUUAA